CGCUCGAGUUACCCAGCGGACACGCCGUUGCGUCCCCUAUAAAAGCGAGGGUAGACCAUGGCGGUACCAGUGUGCUCACUGCCGACCAACAUGAACAGCACCGACAAGCUGAAAGUGAUACUCCUGUGCGGCCUAGUAUUAUCGGUCGUAGCCGAGGAGGCAAAGAAGCCCAAGGAAAAGAAGACAAAACGCGGAUUGGAGCUGAGCCUGGGUGAUUUCGGGGGCGGUUUCGACGGCCAUGGUUUAGGUGGUGGACUCGGGGGCAAUCUGGGGGGUGGUCAUGAAAUAAUCUCUACUGAUCACAUCAAAGCCGUGACGGUCACGAAGCACGUGCCGGUACCACACCCGUACCCGGUGGAGGUCACGAAGCACGUGCCCUACACGGUGAAGGUGCCGGUCAAAGUACCUGUCGACCGCCCUUAUCCGGUCCACGUACCACAACCUUAUCCAGUAGAAGUCGUGAAGCACGUGCCCUAUCCGGUGGACAAGCCAGUGCCCUACCCGGUCAAGGUACCAGUCAAGGUGCCCGUCAAGGUACCCUAUCCAGUCAAGGUACCAGUCAAGGUCCCGGUCGAAGUAUCGAAACCAGUGCCCUACCCGGUUAAGGUACCUGUAGUCGUCAAAGAGCCAUAUCCCGUGGUCGUUAAGGGUCACGACGAACAUGGCGGUUUCGGCGGCGGUGACUUUGGUGGAUUUGGCGGCCACGACUUUGGCGGUGAUUUCGGCGGAUAUGGACACCAUUGAGAAAAUUAGCGCGAGAAGAAGCGAAGACUUCAUCGUCUUCCCUUUUUGUUUGACGGCUCGCGGCCCAGGAGACCAGGAGAUCUAUUCGAAGGAUCGAUCGUCGAAGGAUCGAGAAGCAGACCGGCAGAAGCUGCCACAUUGUUUUUAUUAGAAGUCAAUACGAUAUGCAAAUUUUGUAUUCUUCGUGAUCCUAUCCUCGAAUUGUAUUAUACACCUCGUAAAUGUAAAAAUGAAUAAAAUAUUUUUUUUAUGUAA